AUGGUCAAAAUCGCACUUCUGGGAGCCGCUGGCCAAAUCGGAACCCCGCUCAGUCUCUUAUGCAAGGCGAGCGGCUUAUUCGAUGAUAUCUCUCUUUACGACAUUGUGCACGCACCCGGCAUUGCGGUGGAUUUGAUGCACAUCGAUACUCACACUAAAGUUACCGGACAUCUGUCAUCAGAUGAUGGGUUGAAGAAAGCUCUUAAUGGUGCGGACAUAGUGGUAGUGACUGCUGGGAUCGCUCGAAAGCCUGGAAUGACUCGCGAUGAUCUCUUCAAGACAAACGCUUCAAUCAUUCGAGAUAUUUUUGCAGAGAUCGCUGUGACAUGCCCUACCGCCACAUGCUGCGUCGUGACGAACCCCGUCAAUUCCACCGUCCCCGUCGCGGCCGAGACUUUAAAUCGAGCGGGUGUCUUCGAUCCCACGCGACUGUUUGGAGUGACUACUCUCGACGUUGUGCGUGCCUCGACCUUCGCAGCACAUGCUUUGGGUGGAAACGCGGACCCUAAGGAUUUCGCCGUCCCAGUGAUCGGUGGCCACAGCGGCGCCACGAUCAUUCCACUUUACAGCCAGGCCAAACCAGCGGUUGAUCUAGAUGAGCAGACGCUUUCUGCUGUUAUUCAUCGGGUGCAAUUUGGCGGAGACGAGAUCGUCAAGAGUAAGCAGGGAGCAGGCAGUGCCACAACCUGCAUGGCAUAUGCUGGUUUUCGGUUUGUUAAAGCUAUUCUUUCCGCAAGGAAUGGCGAGUCUAUCGUCGAGGAGGCUUAUAUCUAUCUUCCCGGUGUUCCGGGAGGCAAGGAAAUUGUGGCCGAGCUGGGAGUGGAUUACUUCGCGGUGAAGGCGCAGCUGGGUAAAGCGGGCGGCGCUCUCCAGGCAUUACCCAUUGGUGAAAUCUCUGCCUUCGAGAAGAAGUUGCUUGAGGUGGCGAUUCAAGACCUAAAGGGAAACAUUGCCACGGGUGUGGAUUUUAUGGCGCAGUAA